AUGCUGUCCAUCUCUGACCUAUUUACCCUCGGCCUGCUUGUGGUUCUAGGAACACUCGCAGAGGCUGACGCUGGCGCUUCUUCUUCCUCGCCCUCGGCAUGGACCGGCUGGGGCGGAAACUGUCUCAACAACCGAUGGCAACCAGAGUCAGCCCUUACGAUCUCCAACAUCGACACCCUCACAUUGAAAUGCAGCAAGACUUACCCCUUCGGCGUCAGCGCCACCCCCGUCAUCGAGGGCAACAUCGUCUACUACCCGACCUGGGACGGCGAAAUGGUCGCCCUCGACUACACCACCUGCCAAGUGAAAUGGUCCUUCAACGUUACCCAGCUCAUCGUCGACUACGCCCCUCCGAACAGCUACCAAGUCCUCGCCUACCCCGUCUCCCGCACCUCUCCCCAGAUCGACGGGAACAUCAUCCACUUCGGCACGCAACGCUUCGCUCUGGUGGUCGCUAUGGACAAGCGCACCGGCGCCGUCUUAGACACCUACCAAGUCAACCCGCACCCCUUAGCCGUCAUCACCCAAUCCCCAACCUUCCACAACGGCAUCCUCUUCGUCGGCACCGGCUCCUACGAGGAACCCGCGCCCCUGCGCUUCCCAGGCUACAAAUGCUGCACCUUCAUCGGCAACUUUGUCGCCCUCACCUUCUCCCGCCAAACGCGCAAGUUCCGGCUGAAAUGGGACCUGCCCACCCUCCCCUCCGGCACGGCCUGGUCCGGCGCUGGCGUAUGGGGAUCCCAGCCUUCCAUCGACGAGAAGCGCAACCAGGUCUUUUUCGGCACGGGAAACGUCUACUCUUUUCCGCAAGAGUUCGCGCACUGCGCUAAUGAGACGAGCGAGUGUAUGCCUAGGGGCGUCAACCAGGAGGCUAUUAUCGCUGUGAACAUUGCUUCGGGAAAAGAGAACUGGGUGAGGAGGAUAACAAAGAUGGACGCCUGGAACGGGGCUUGUGUCGCUACUCCCAUCGACAAAGAGAACUGCGCGCAGGAUCCGCCGGGGACAGAUGGUGAUUUCGGUAUGGCGCCGGGGUUUGUUUCUGCGAAAACGUCAGGACUGAAAGAGGAUAUAGUGGUUGUGGGACAGAAAAAUGCCAAUCUGUAUGCGCUGUCAGCGGAAAAGGGAGAGAUGGUGUGGCAGGUUAAUACCAGUCCUGAUUUACAGGGCGGGGGGAUAUCCUGGGGCUUGGCGGUGGAUGAUGAAGCUGUUUACUAUAACUUGCCGUAUGGAUUGGGCGGGUUUGGGUUUAACGAGUCGACGGCGUUUUAUGGCGCGGUUGGGGUGAAGGAUGGGAAGAAGUUGUGGGAGAAGAGGGUGGAUGAGAGCGGGACAAAUUCGAUUGCAUUGACGGCGCCUACUGUUUUGGGAUGUGGGCGGCAGGAGCGGGGAGGACGAGGGAGAAAUGGAAGCGGAAAAGGAGAGGGGAAGGGGAAGGGUAGAGAGGAUGAUGAUGGUCUGGUACUCUUCCCCAGAACUGGUGUGAUGGAUGAGCAAGGAGCGUAUUUUUAUAGUCAGGGCGCGUUGGUGUUUGUGGAGAAACGAACAGGAAGAGUCGUGAAGGAGUUGGCGCUGGAUACCAAUUCAAUGAGGGAUUGCGGUGCAAGGACGGUAUGUGAUGUUUGGGACGGGGUAUCGUAA